UUUUAGGCCAAAUAAAAAGGGCGAGGUUUAAUUGUAAGUGCAGUGAAAUGUCCAUAUAGGCUUAUCAUUUCUAUUGAACUCUCCGUUUUUGUAACUAAAAACCGAGAAGAGGAAGCUGGGUCACCUUGUCAGUGCUGUUACACACCAGCACAACUUCCUGCUUGUGAGUGUGUGUAUUUGUGGUUUUGACAUGGACACAGAAGUAGAGAGAGAUAGAGACACACAGAAAGAGAGAGAGAGGGUUGGAUACAGUUUGACAGUCAUCAAAAGAGUUGCAGCCGACAGCAGCAGAGAGCAGAAGAAUGGAGCCAGAGGAGAUCAGAGAGGGAUAUUUGGUGAAAAAGGGUACAGUGCUGAACUCUUGGAAGGCCAUGUGGGUGGUGCUGUCGGAAGAUGGCGUGGAAUUCUUCAAAAAGAAAACAGACCGUUCUCCGAAAGGAAUGAUCCCACUGAAGGGAGCAACACUCGUCAGUCCGUACCAGGAUUUUGGAAAAAGGACGCUGGUUUUCAAGUUGACCACUGAAAAGAAGCAGGAUCACUUCUUCCAAGCUGCAUACUUGGAGGAGAGAGAGUUUUGGGUCAAGGACAUCAAGAGGGCCAUUACCUGCCUGCAGGGGGGGAAAAAGUUUGCCAGGAAGUCGACUAGACGCUCCAUCCGCCUGGCUGAAACGAUAAACCUCACUGAGCUGUACACACUGAUGAAAGACCAGGAUGAUGGAGUGAAAGAGUUGAAACUGGAGCAGGCGAACCGAAUCUUCAAUCAUUGUUUCACUGGUGUGACAGUGGUGGAUUGGCUGAUUUCAAAGGAGAAAGCAAGAAACAGACCUGAGGCCCUUAUGUUAGCAGCAGGGCUCCUGAAUGAGGGUUUUGUGCAGCCUGCAGGUGACCAGGCCAAAGACGGAGCAGAGAGUGGAGAGCUGACAACCUUCUUAGAUCAGACAAACGCUCUGUACUACUUUGCCGACAGUGGGUUCUUCUGUGAAGGCUACUCCAGUGAUGAAGAUGUGCUUGUGAAGGAGGAAUUCAGAGGAAAUAUCAUAAAACAAGGGUGUUUACUCAAACAGGGACAUAGGAGAAAAAACUGGAAGGUGCGAAAGUUCAUCCUGAGAGAUGACCCUGCUUUUGUUCAUUAUUAUGAUCCCUCAAAGGGUGAUGACCCUCUGGGCUCCAUCCAUCUCCGCGGCUCCGUGGUUACAGCGGUGGAGUUUGUCCCUGAUGCCAAAAAAUACGACGUUGAUGGCAACCUAUUCGAGAUCAUCACAUCGGAUGAGGUCCACUACUUCCUCCAAGCUGCCACUAGUGAGGAGAGAAAGGAGUGGAUCAAGGCGAUACAGGCGGUGUCAAAGAGUGGCAAAUAACAGGCAGUCUGAUUAUAAAAGUUUGAUGGAUCAGUCAGUACAUUGAACAGUGUGUCAACUAACAACUAAAACAUGUUAAUGUGGUGCUGUGCCAUCACACAACAAUAAUAACUUCAUCUACCUUCUCUACCCGAACAAACUAUAUUGUUUCUGUGAAGUAUGUUACUAACCAAAGACAAAUUUAACAGCAUUAAAAUUUCAAACUAA